GAGGGGCGUCUCGACGCACGUGCGGCGAUCGCGACUCCGACUCAUCAGCCACCGCCGCCGCCGCCACCACCACCACUCAACCACGAACUAUCACCCGCUUCCAUCAUCGUCAUCCUCCUCCAACAUCAGCGCCAGGAUGGGCCGCAGGAGGAGAGGCGGCGCCGCGGACGUGGGUGCCAUUGAGAUCGGCGCCCGUGAACUGGAGCUGUUAGCGACACUGGCGGACGGCGCCGCUGGAGAUGGCGAGGCUGCAAGAGCUGUGCUGGAUUGCGUGCAGCUUGCGGAUGGCAUGGCGCAACUGGCGCAACUCAAAAAGGUGGGAGCUGCCCUGCAGAGGGCGAGCGAGAGGGCAAGCCGCACGGCCAAGGGCGAUCCGCCCGCGGGGGCCGAGAGCCACGUCGCACGCGAGGUGGCGUGCUGCUGCCUGCGCGUGCUAACGCUCGCGCACCUCACCGUGUCGUGGAAGAGCCCGCUCAAGCGGGCGCUCGCCAGCCUGCUGGAGUCCCAACGUGGCGAGUGGAGGGUAAUGGCCUGCGACGCCCUUGCCGGGCAGGUGAGCGACGCUGUGGGGCCGAGCGGGCGCAAACCCGGUGGGGAGCCGUCGCCCGCGGACGCCUCGAGGCCGGGCUGGGUAACGGUGUCCACGCUUGCCUGCUGCCUCGAAAACUUCCCGCUUGGCGAAGAGGCCUUGGUGUCAGUGCUCUCCCCAGUUCUGGAGCUCCUCCUGGGCCUCCUGUCCGACUCUGUCAACCGGGCAAGGGAGUGCGCAGGGCAAGCGGCGGAGCGGACCGCGUGGAUGCACGAGGCACAGACGGCGGUCAAGACAACGAUGGUGCUGCUGCAGAAGGGCCUGGGGCGCCCAGGAAAGGUUCAGGACGAGGGCCCAAUGUCGCUACGGACAACCAGCGAAGGCUUUAUCGGCUGCUUCGUGGACAUACUUUCUGAUGCCGGGUUCCUGCGGACGUGUCGUGCGGCGGCGGGCAUGGCCGCGGUGCUGCUGCUGCUGUUGGGCCCCAACACUGCGACGGACCCAGCUCCCCUGCUCGCGCUGGCGCUGUUGGGCUCACGGGAGAUGGGCGCCAGCGGUGGUGGCGGCGGCGAGGUGGCUCUCCCGGCUUGGGCGAGCGAGGGCUUCCGGCGCUUGUGCGACGUUGCCGCCUCCGACCGGGAGGCGUGGCUGAGCGUGUGCCACGGGACCCUCGCGAUGCUUGACUGGGACGUCGCGAGCGGCCCCCAGCUCCGCCUGCUGCUUCGGGUCCUGCAGCCCCUGCUGGGGCUCGCUGCUGGAUCCCAGGAGCCCAGUGCUGCGCUCACCCUCGCCCGAACUUUGACGCUGUGGACGACCUCCGCCCUCGUGGCCCUGGGAUCCGAGGCGGCGCGCGCGACGCCGCUCCUGUGCUCUGCGCUGACCGGCAGCGGCCGGUGCGACGAGUUCACCUCGCCGUCGCCCACCCCGUGCGAUUCGUCACCCCUGCCACCGACGUCCAUGCCGGCAUCGGGUUCGUCGUCGUCGUCGUCACCCCCUUCAGCGGAGGUGCGCGUGGCCGACCUGCUGGUUGAGCGCUACGUGUGGGCCAACCUGGACCACCCCCUGGACGGCGUGCGGCACGAAGCGCGGCACAUCCUCACCAACCUCCUGAGGGCCCACUGCGCCGCCGUGGCCCUGGCACGCACCUCUACGUUCGGAUCCGGCGUCGGUGGAGACGCGGCGGCGAGCCCGUUGGACGGGCUGGCGCGGGGCGUGGCGCGCCGGACCCUGGCGCUUGGCUGGCGGUGCCGGGCGGCGUUUGGCGCGGCGCGGGCGCUGAUCGAGGUGCAGGGUCCCUCCUGGCUGCUGGCGCUGGCUCCUGGCACGCCCCGCGGCCUGCUGGUGGCGGCCGCCGUGGACCCCGCCAUGUGCCCGCACGCGGCGGACGUGCUCGGGUCGAUGAGUCGCGCUCACUUCCAGGAGAUCGGCCACGGUGCGGAAUCGAGGGAGCGGCAGGACGUCGACGGCGUUGGCAUUGGGGGCGAUUUCGCGGACCCUUGGCUGCGCACGUGGGUGUCCCCGCUCCUGGAGGUGCUGUGCGCGCCGCCGUUGGGAACGGGCACCGCGGACGAGGGAGACGGAGCGGAGGGAGACGGAGCGGAGGGAGAUGCCGACGCGGAAACGGGGAGGAGUCGCGUGGUGGAGCAGUGCCUCCCACAGCUGCUCCAGUCCAACCCCGCGUGCCUGGCUCUCACUGUGCAGGCCCUGCAGGCGCGCCAGCCAGGCGGCCGGGGCAGCCUGGGCGGGCUGGUGGCGUGCGUGCGGGCAUCAGCGCGCGUGCGUGGCGCGGGUCCCGGUCACCCGGACGGCGAAGCGAGGGCAGCCGCUCCGGACAGGCUGCUGCUCGGCGAGGAUCUGAUGGAGCGAGCUCUCGCGCACCGAUGUGACCAGGUUCGCCUGGACGCGCUGGCGCUGCUGUGCGAGAGCGUGCGCGGCACGGAGCCCGUGUCGCCGCGCGAGCUGGCGCUGCUCCGCACCGCGCUGCCGCUCGCCCUGCCCGGCUGCUCCGCGGCCACGCGCCGGGCCACGCUGUCACUCGUGCGCAAGCUGUUGCUGCGCAUGCGGGACGGAGCGCUCGCGUGGCUCCGGCAGUCGGGCUCCUCGCAUCGAAGCGACCCGCCGGGAGUGGACGGGCGGCGCCCGCACGUCAGCCUGCAGCAAUAUGGGGAGUUUCUCGUCUGGCUGAGCGACAUGUCAUUCGACGCCCUUUUUCCCGGAGCCUCGUUCCCACGCAAGUUCAUGGCGCUGAGCAUGCUGGGAUUGCUCGAGGAGGUGUUCCCCGACUUCCCAGGGUUCAGCCUGGCGGAGGCGGUGACGCCGGAGCGAGCCCGCGUCCUCCUCGGCUGCCUGGCCGACAACUUCCCCGAGGUGAAGCGGCUGGCGAGCACCCUGCUGCGGCUGCUGCCAGGCGAGCGGCUCGGGCUGCAGACGGAGGAGUGCCUCCGCUCCCUGCUGGGGGUGGCGCUGGCUCUGGCCUCCAGCCCGCGACCCUCCGACCCCUCGACGGCCGCCCCCCUGCUGGCCCUGCUCGUGCGCUGGGCCCCCCACGCUGCCCUGAGCCGCGUGCUACCCUCGCACACAUCGGAGGACGGCGUCGAGGAAACGUGUCCAGGAGGGCGAGGCGUCGGAGAGGUCACGGGGGCGGAUGCCGUCUCUUCAGCCUCCCGGCUGGAUGGGGUCCAAGACAAAACAGACCGCAGCCUGGAGUCCAACACGCUGGCAGUGAUGGGCGUGCUGGUGUCGGGCCUGGAGGCCGACGUGGCGGUGGCCGAGCACAGCCUACUGGAAGCGGCGGGCACGCGGCCCAUGUACGGUCGCCUGCACGCGGCCGCUCACCUCCUGCACGGCACUUGCCCGGGCUCUCUGUGUGCCGAGCCCGCGUGGCAGCACCUGCUGGAGAGGCUUCUGUCGGCCGCUUGGCGCGUGUCCCGCAUCGCCUCCCGCGUCGUCAACAGCUCCUCGCCUGAGGGCUUCAUCCCGGACCGCCCCGGCACCGGCGCGGGCUGCGUCGCGGCCGUGGAGGAGGAACGCGAGGGCACGCGCAGCGUCACCGCGCAGGCCGUGCUGCUCUGCUGCUGGCGCAGCAUGAAGGAGAUCUCGCUGCUGCUCGGGCAGCUCUCCCAGCAUGCCGCGCUGCAGCCCGCUCAGAUGGAAGCCGUGGGCCACUACUUCCGCCAGCAGCUGCUGGAGUCGAGACACCGUGGGGCCUUCGAGUUGGCCUACGUGGGAUUCGGAAAACUCGUCGACGCGCUCGCUCGAAGUGAGGACCCGGCCUUGCAGGCCCUGCCGCGGCAGUGGCUGGAGGCGGUGCUCGGCGAGGUGAAGGAAAGUGCCGCGGCUUCCAAGCUGUGCGCCACGCGGCGCAGCGCUGGAGUGCCCUUCUACAUCCAGGCGCUGGUGUCCGCUGAGCACAAGCGCUCGGGACGCUCCCUGCUGCGCACCGCCAUGACCCAGCUCCUGCCUCUUGCGCUGCCGCAGGGAAAGGGUCCCGAUGAACCCAGCGUCCACGCCCAGGUGCACGCGCUCAAUAUCUUGCGGGCUCUGUUCCGCGAUUCACGGCUCGGCGAUCACAUGACCACGUACGUCCCCGACGCGCUGCAGGCUGCCAUCCUGGGGUUCGCGUCGCCCGUCUGGGCCGUGUGCAACUCCUGCACGCUGCUGUUCAGCACCCUCAUCACGCGGGUGUUUGGAGCGAAGAGGUCACGCCGUGAGCCCAUUGGCAGCAACAGAAUGACCGGGCGGGAGUUUUUCUCCAGGUACCCCUCGCUCCAUCCGUUCCUCCUCGAGCAGCUGAGCCAUGCGGCCUCCACGUGCUCCCGCAGCGGUGGCGAUGCGGUGGGUACGGCGAGCUUACAGCCGGCGCUCUUCCCACUGCUGCUGCUCCUGGCCAAGCUCUACCCGUCCCCCAUGGACGGCACUUACACCGAGCUUAGCCUGGCGCCAUUCCUGCCCCUGCUCGUCCGGUGCGGGGGGUCGCCCGUGUGGCGCGCCCGCGUCAUGGCCGCCCACGCGCUGGUCGCCUUCAUCCCGGCCGCGGCGGCGACGCGAGUUCUGUGCGAGCUCCUGGACUCGCUGCCCCGGGGCCUACGGCAGGCGGACGGCGCGAGCAACCGCACGCACGGCACCCUGCUGCAGGUGCAUCACCUGGUGCGUGCGCAGGGCGAGAGUUUGGGGAGCAGUCCCGAAUUUGUCCCUCGGAGCGGAUACCCCGGCGAGCGGGUCUACGAACGGCUCCUCGACUGCGUAUGGCUCGCCACUCGGAUGAAUCCCUGCGCCGUCACCCGUGCCGCUUACCUGGACGUGCUGUCCCUCGCCAUUACCCACGGGGAGAGGAGCUGUCGCAAGGGCGCCGUCUACGCUACGCUCGUGCUCCGCACGCAUGCAUUGGUCUCGGCGUGGUUACAGGCCCCUUCGGAUGGGCAGGUGCUCGAGCCGGGCCACGCGCUGUGGGAGGCCAGCUCCGCUCACCUGGCCCUCGCGCUGCUCUCCGCACAGCCGCCCUACCAGCGGCAAGGUGCAAGCGGCACAGAAAGUCGGACCGCGGACGACGCUGCUGGGGAUGAGCGGGGGCUGCUGCGCCGUUUGCUGUCGUCCCCGGCGUGCGAGGUCCACUCGGCGGCCCUGUGCUGGCUCGUUGCCGCCCGUGCCAGCGAGCACCGCCGGGGUCAACCGCAAGGCACCCAGCUGGGCGGCACGGAGGUCAUGGAGGCUGUCCGGGAUUUGGCCGUCCAGGAGAUGCACCCACAGUGCCGCACCGAGGCAUUCAGGGCACUCUGUCGCUGGCCGGUGGAGGAUUUGGUGCCAUGGCCCCAAGGGAUUGGGUGCCUGGCUGCUGACGAACUACUCAACUGGAUCGUCGCCCUGAUUGAGGCCAACCUGCACAACGUCGACCUCCGAUGUGCCGGCUUGGAAUUCAGUGCCCACGUGGUCCAGCACUUGCUGAAUCUCAACCCGAUGCAGCAAGUACCGCCGGCUUGGGCCCGCUGCGUCGAGCGGUGGAUCCGAUCGGUUGUCGCGGGUGGCAACGCUGACACCCGGUCGGAGGUCAGGCUCGUGAGCGCGGAGGUCAUUGGCGAGGUCGCCGCUUCGCUCCUGACCAAUGACAGACUUCCUAUGGGCCUGGGGGGCUGCCUGAAUCUGUGGGGGGCCCUCCUGGGACUGCUACAGGACGACGAUGUGGGGGUGCGGGCACGGGCCACGACUGCGCUGGGCGGCCUCGCGCCCCGGAGCCCCACGUGGGAAGGAGUUGCACUCGAGGAGGUGAUGCCAAACCAUGCCCUGGACCUGGGACUCAAAGCCCUCCUAGACCUGCUUGGAGCCUGGGGUCUUUUCUGGGAGGCCUUGCCCACCCUGCUGCUCUGGCUGCUGGAAGACGAGGAGCCAAGAGUGGUAGGGACAACUGAGGAUGACGAGCAAGGAGGGCUGGGGCACCCGGCAGAACUUUUGAUGGAGGCUGGAGAAGAGAGGGAGAAUGAAAACGAGUUUCUCUUCGACAAAGGUCGAGUCAACCUCUUUGCCGAGAGGCUGCUCUUCGCCCGGCUUCUUUGCGCGCGUCUUGAAGGCCACCUGCGACAUCUCUUCACGCACCAGCCGGCACCACCAAACCCUGACGUGGCCGAGCGGCUAGCGGCCACGGCGGAUGCGUUGGCUGCCAGCUCGCGGAAGGCUACGCGUGACCUGCUCCAACUGCGGCGCUCGCUGGAGCCAAGUCUCCAGGAGGCACCACGCUACACGGUGCUGGCGGAGCGAGCGGCGCGCUGCGUGCUGACCCUGCGGGUCCUGCUCCUUGCCGUUGCGCCUUCGGAGCCGGCGCCUGCGCUGCAGGCCGCCGUGCAGGCCGGUCUGCAGGAGGCGCGGGCAUUGGAGCGGGCGUGCAGUGGCACAGGGCUGACUCACAGCUUCUUGGCAUGCACAGCUGGGAUCCAUCAGGGUUACGCAUUGAACCCUGAACGCAGCUGCUCUUAGCAUGCGCAAGCCUUUAAAAUGAAUUUGCAGCGUACUUAAUUGCACAGAUGCGGUUUACAAAAUGUAUGAUUUAAUGUUGUUACGGUCUCAAUUGAACGGCAUUUGGCCGAGAUGGGAUGCACUGUCCGAGAAGAAUGCGUUCGCCCAGGAGGAAGGUGUCCUAAAUCGGUCUGCUGACAGAAAAAAAAGUCUUCCACUCGGAUGGAGAACAGGGCCUAACAAAUCAGAAACAAUAACUAUAUAAAUUUUGUUUUUAGUACAACUCAAACCAAAGCUACUGGAGUCAUGUCGCUGUGCACGUGCCGGUGUCACCACUUCACACGCUCAAACGUUCGAACAGAUUAUGUCAAGUGGGUGCCAUCUGCUGUGUGUGAUCUCUACAGCCAGAUUCGAAGACAAACGUCAGCAUGUUCAAUUUGCGUCACUUUUCACACUUCUCUCCGUUUGUUUUCUCCACUCGUCUGCCGGUCGAGUCUGCUCGCCUUGUCACCCAAAUUGACUCUGCGCAAGGCACACAGGCCCCAGAACCUUGUCUCGCCUCGGCAUGGGAACAGGAAAUUGGGGAACAUGAGAGAAAGGGCCAUAUAGCUUGUCCAGCUCUCAGCGCCACGAGUCAAAUCCCGGAGCCGCACGACACGCCACCCCCCGCCCCCACUGGCAGUCGACUCCACAGCAGUGCCUAAGCCAAUGGUUUUCAAUCUUGGGGGGGGGGGGGCUUCUGAGGGGUAAUACAUUUUCGACAGGGGGGCGGCGCCAGGCUCUCCAGCAGUCAUAUUUUUAGCACAACGAAAAUAUACUUGGGGUUUGUUUUUUUUGCUGCCCCAUUUUAAAUGAUUGGGUGGAGGAGCUUGGUGAAGAGAAACAGGGUGCGCUUCACGUUAGACUUCAAUGAAAUAAGAGAAGUCUGGAGGCGGUGAGGUGGGAUUUGGAAAGGAAGUGCGCCUCGCUGACAACUGUAAGGAAUAAGUGAACGCUGCUCUGCGUACGUAAACAAAAAACUCGGUGACAAUUUUAUUCAAACAUCAGCGGCCCCAAUAUUCUAUUAUCGGGUCAUAAAAUGCUUUUAUCUAAGUGCCUUGCAGUUCCUAUAGUUGAACAAUGAAUAUGCAUUGCAUGGUGCUCUGUGCCAUUGCAUACCUUGAGAGGACAAAUGCUCAUAAGGGUGUUAUUUCACACCUGUAUUCUGUUCGCACCUCGCCUACCAUUCUCAUAAGCCAACCCCGCACAUGCAUCGGGCGUGACAGGUCACGGUUAGUCAUGUGUAGCGCUAGUGUGAAGUCAUUCUCCUCUCGCGCAUACCGGGCCCUGACCACCAUUAGAUCAUCCGUGAGUCCGCAGAGGCAGGAAACGUCUACAUGGAAACCAAGGCAUAGGUGUUUUGGAACUGGUCAUCUCCUGCAGACAUGGACCAAGCUUGCAUUAUAAAAUUGUAUGGCCGACUGAGCUGGAAUUAAAAUUCAGGGUAGCACAUGGAUUGGCAUCUGCAACAGUCACACUUGCCAAAGGGUGUUAUUUUAACAAAGACGUCACUGACGUGAGCUAAGACCCGCGUUUGCAAUUAACUAUAUUUGGAGUGAGAGCGAUUGGCAGCCUAAACCGCACGAGACGAUGGCUUCUAGGGAGAGGCCACGCUUGUGCGAGCUGCAGAGUGACUUGACAACUCGUUCCCGUAAUUCUACAGUAUCAUGUUAUCAUUUACUUGAAACUGACAGCUCCUGAUCUUUCGGCGGGCCAGCUUACGGGAAUGUGCACGCUGAUUUGUUACUAUGGGAAUGUGGUUUCCAAAGGCAGGCUUACGGAAUUAUGAAAGGUCACAUCCACAGUGGGGCAAUCAAGAGGUGCCUUCUGACCUUGCGCACAUGUUGUGUGCGGUAACAGUUACAGUCAUAUUUUGGUUAAUUUUGUCCCUUUGAUUGCUGGCCGCUUACAGGCUUGGGACGAUGUAAUGUUGAAUCUGUUGAAUAUAUUUGUAACAAUUUCAAAUCGUGACACUACUCUUGAGCUAGUCAGAAGUGACACAUCCACUGUGAACAUCUGCCAAACGUCUUUUUAAUAUAAAGUUUUUUUUUUA